AAAAAAUUGUCAGGUGUCAGAAAAAAAAUUGUCAGGUGUCAGAAAAAAAGUUGUCAGGUGUCAGUUGUCAAAAAAAAAUUUGUCAGGUAUCAGAACACAAGGUACCAGAGAGAAAAUCUUCCUGCAGGUGGCGCUGUUGUCAUGUCCCACCCGAAUUGAUUUCCAAAUACGUCAUCAACGUGUGACCGUGGGAGAGCGUAAGGUCAUUGACCUCACCGGAGUUUUACCGUGGUUCAGGCUCCUAACGACACAAGGUAAGUUUAACUUUUUCUCCCUUUUGUUCAUAUUUUUGCCACAGUUGUGUUAUAUUAAGUUGCAGUUAUGUUGUGAAAGUUACAUAUCAGAGACGGAAAGCCAGUUUUGUACGAAACCAAAUCAGUACUAUUUUUGUCUGGCUAAUUCAUUCUAGCUAGCGACAGUGGUGAAACGUGAUUCAAAUUUAAACUGUUCAGUAAUUGUUUUGUAUACAUUUCAGCAAAUGGACAAGCUGAAAGCUUACGAGCAGCUUAAAAAAGACCUUGAAAAUGGUGAGAUUACCCAAAAAGGCUUUGAUAACAACAUAAAAAAGCUCCUGACAGCAGAAAAAUCAGAUGACACUACUUCAACAUGUGGCAAUGAAUUUCUCAGUGCAGCAGAGGCCUUUGGUAAAGCCAAGAAACUACUACAGCCUCAAGUAAAGAAAAGGCAGUUUCCACUGAAUGAUAAACGUUUGGACCAUGGCAAAUCAUUAUUGAAGGUCAGACUGGCUCCCAUGGAGUGGAAGCCAAGAACUCAUAGAAAGUGUGGACGGUACCAGAAGUUAAUAAUGGACGAAGCUCCACCUCGAAUCAUUCUUCAAGGCCAUGAAACCUAUGAUGAUUUAAUUACCAUAGGCAAAGAACGCUUCUGGCCAGAGCGUACUGAGGGGAGUGAGUUCACUCUUUGCCAUUCUGACGGGACCAGGUGGAGUAAGCAGGAGUUCCACAAAGAAUACGGAACUGUUUCUGAUAUUACACAUAUGUGGAAAAGAACAAUAUACAUCGGGCGACGACAACUGGAAGUCGUGUGUUUGGAUGAUCAAAGUUCCAUCUCAGAUGAAGACCCUGUAACUAAAGUGGGUGGUGAUGAAAGUUGCAGUUUAGAUGAACUUCCUGAAACCCUCAUAGGACAAAGUGUUGCAGAACAGGAUUUCCAUGCAGAAACAUCCAGCUCAGCUGAAUUUGAAACAGGGAGAGUCAGAAAGAAAAGCCAGUCCAAGCAAAGGAAGGAGGAAAAUGUAGGGUCAUCUCUAGGUCCAGGUGGAGCAGUGAGCCAAGACAUGUUACCACAUGCAGUUAUUGAGUCAAAAGAAGCUAUGGAGGGAGCUGAAGAGCUAUCUGAAGGUGCUGGAAGUAGUGGGCUUUUGAUAGAUUUUGCACAGUCUUUCAACCCAACUCCAAAAUCGCCAUCAUGUAAGCAUUCUUUCCCAUUUAGGGCUAACAUCAUAUCAUCAGACAAAAUUGUAAAUAAAGGUUUUCAUUCUUCACUAUUUGGUACUCAAGUUCCUGGAAUAAACCUAGAUAUUAGUGAUCCAGCAGUUAAUAGAAGAAUGAUUAGCAGUAGCUGUAUGUUAAUGUAUGUUACUUUGUGGGGGUUUUUUUUGUUUUUGUUUUUUUAUCCCCAAGUGUAUCUUCCACGUGUUCCAUAUGUGGAAGAGGCUUUAAUUACAUACAGUGAGGACAAUCUACUGGGAGAAGGAACAUUUGGCAAGGUAUAUAGAGGUUCUUUUCAUGGUACUCCAGCAGCUGUUAAAAGGAUCAUGUGUGGCCAACAAGGGAUGGAGGACAGCGACAUUCAUCAUGAGAUAAAUGUUUCACUGAGACUGUCUCACCCCAACAUCGUCAGACUCAUGGCAGUUGCCCGCACUGAGUCCUGCUUUUUGUUGGCAGCUGAAUACAUUCAUGGCGCAACCCUGCAGCAAGUGCUUCACACAGACAGCUGCUUGGUGAAGGGGAUGAUGCCGGUUUCAUAUCACUGGACUUAUCCAUGGCAGUAGAGUACAUCCAUGCACAGAGAAUCAUUCACCAGGAUAUAAAGCCAGCAAAUGUCAUGGUAAGCCAUACUGUAUUUUUCUUUUUCUCCACUUUGUUUUUGAAGAUCAAAAUAAAAAGAGUAUAUUAUUUAUUUAACUUUAUUCUCUUCAGUCUAUUAAACACUACAUUUGAACAAUGAGAAACUUUUCUGGCAUAUUCAUAUAAAGGAUUUUUUUUUUUAAAGUAAGAAGCCUUAUAUUGUUUCUUUAAUAGUCCAAUUUUUCUUAAAUAUGUUGGUUCUUGCACACCUACAAAAUUCCCAAACCUGUUGUAAGUUUAGGCUUUACAAACUGAAAGUUUCUAUUAUUUUAUUAGUCUGUACCACUUGCUUAAGUGGAAUGGGAAUUAAAAAAUGCACAGGACUAUAAAACCGGGUUGGAUCAUUAACCAAUCUGUUAAUUUUAAUGUUGGGUAUAAUAAACAAUCUCAGAAUAAAUCUGCAGUGAUUGGGUGAUCUGGGUG